CUGUUUACGUCGUUGUCAUGGACUACACGCCCCGAGCUGGUGACCCGGAAGGCCUUCCCGUCUCUGAAGGACAAGAAGUAGAAGUCAUUGAUUCCAGCAAAGCGCACAAAUGGAGAGUCCGGUUACGACAAGAAGGCGGCUCCGAAGGCAUGGUACCCUCUUGCUACCUGGAAAAGAAGACAACAGUCACCCCUUCCCCAUCACCACAGUUGGACGCCAAAGCGCAGUCAGCAAAAGCGCGCAGAGAGAAAGUCCUACAAGAGCUGGUUGAAUCAGAGGAAGCUUUUGCAAGAGACAUGCAAUAUGUGGUCAACAAUUACAUUCGAGAAUUCGAAUCAAAAACAACCCCGAAGGAGCUUAGGGACCAAAAGGAUGCACUUUUCUCAAACUUUUCGAGGAUAUCUGAAUUUCAUAACAAUGUUCUUCUUAAAGGUAUCCAGUACUACGCAGAUGAUCCACCUCGAUUAGGGAAAACUUUCUUGAGAUUGGAAAGAGACUUUGAUCAACAUGUCUCCUACUGCCGAGAUGAGCCAGAAGCUCAGCAGCUUUUGCAAGAUGGAGCCUUAAAACAGUAUUUCCAAGAAUUCAGCAGAAAAAUUCAAGAUGAAAAGUCCCUGUCGGAGCACUUGAAGUUGCCAAUUCAAAGAAUCAACGACUAUCAGUUAUUGCUGAAGGAGUUGAUUAAAUAUGGGGCUCGUCUAAAAGAGGACACAUCGGACCUGGAGCGUGCACAUGACUUUAUGCAGGCGAUCCCGCAGCGUAUUGUCGACCUGCAGUACAUCAAUUCCAUCCAGGGGUACAAAGGCAACCUGCACAAGCUCGGCCGCAUCCUCAAGCAUGAUUGGUUCGAGGUGUUUGAGCCGAGUGGCAUGCGCAGAGAGAGAUUCGCUUUGCUCUUCAAAGGCCGCAUCUUCGUGACGGACCACAAGAGAGUCGGCACAUACAGAUCCAUAUACUUGGUCAAGCACGUCAUCAAGUUGCCUGAGGUAGAGAUUGUGGACAAUGCCGAUGACGACGACCUGAAGAUGCGUUUCCAGAGCCUGAAGCCCGGAGCGUCUGGCUACCCCCUUACCAUGAGGAGCAAGUCCUUGGCACAGAAGGAGGACUGGCUAAAAGAAAUACAGCAAUCAUCCGGGCCACACGUGGAGGAUCUCGGCGAUGACGAGGACGACGUAGAAGUGGAGGCGGCCAAGGCGGAAGAACUGUACGAGAGGCAGAAGAUGACGGUGGAAGUGAUGGAGGACUUCGACGCCUACGAAGAGAUGCACACCGUCGUCACGGAGAGCGUCCGAUCCGGCUCCCUCACCUCCCUCGAAGAUUUUCAAUCCGCACUGGAGGACGAGCCCUCGCUUUGCCUCACCCCAUCAGAGCCGGAGAGUGGGGGCCCGGGAAGGCCCCGAUUCGUCCAGCCCCUCAAAGCGCAAGCAGUUUCAGAGGGGCUGGAAGCCGUCUUAGAGUGCGAAAUCUGCGCCAGUCCGGAUGCCACGGUGGCGUGGUUGAAGGACAACGCCCCUUACGUGUCCUCCGAGAGGAGCAAGUUGGUGGUGGAGGAUGGAGGACGACAUCGUCUGCUGAUCAAAAAAGCGGAGUGCAGUGACGCGGGGCUUUACACGAUCAUCGCGUCCAAUGUUCACGGAACGACAUCCUGUAGCGCCCCUCUCACGGUCAGCUCAGGUACCAAAGUAUUUGUAAGGUUUGCAGAUGAAGGCACGUCGACGGCUGAAGCAUUAGAUGACCAACGUCAAUGGAGUCCCGACCACGCAGGAAAGGAGGCUGCCGUAGAAACGGAGGAAAGCGAAAACUUCAAAGUGUCCAUCGACGAGAGAGAGGACACUCUGUCCCUGGUCUUCCAACACGUGACACCCGGUGAUCCUGGUGGAAUGUACACCUGCGUUGCUAGCACGGGGUCUGGGAAAAUCAGCUGCAGUGCAGAACUCACGGUGCAAGGUGGCCUGCCCAGGGAUCCCGAGCGCCCCAAGUUGAGUGCCCCGGUCAGCAAGGUCGAAGCCAAGGAAGGUGGAUCUGCUCUUCUGGAGCUUACCGCCACAGGAUUCCCUAAACCAAUCAUCACUUGGACUAAAGACGGAGAGGAAUUAAAAACGGGCGAUGGAGGAAAAUACGCCGUUCUGCAAGAAGACGACGAAGAGACAUUCACCCUUGCCAUCAAAGACGUCCAGCCAGAAGACAGUGGCAAGUACACUGCCGAGGCCAUCAACGACUUGGGGCAAGGACGAAGCGACUUACGAUCUCACUGUCACCAGUAA